AUGACCGCCAUGCUGCUCACGCUCCACGAGACGGAGGCCGAGCGGGAGGGGCGGAUCGGGCUGCUACAACCCCUACGUCGUGCCCUCUGCCGCCGCCCCACUACCGGCGCCAUGAACAACGCGGCGGCCCGCGCAGCGGGUCCCCGCGGCAGCGCUGGCAUCCGCAUCCCAACGCCAUGCCGUAGCAGCUGUGGCCAUGGGGGCCGGAGCGGGGUGCGAGCCGGCACGGGAGGCAUGGCCCGUAAGACAAUGUGUGUCUCGUGCUCCAUGAGACGGAGGUCAAGCAGGAGCCACGGAUCCACGGCAAGUUCGCCAGCUUCGACACCGCGGGACAUGGGCUCAACUAGGCGCAGAUCUAGGAGGGCAUCGACACACUACAGGUUUCCGCUGAGUGCAAAGUACGCGAGGUCGCUGCCUUGCUUGGCUGCCAAGUUUAAGAGCGAAUCCUUCGUCCAGCAGUGCGGUGGCAAGAGCGGCGACACCUGCAAGUAA